AUGUCAAGGUCAUAUGGUGAGCAGCCUCCUCCACCUCCGCCACCACAAGAAUUUGUAAUACAGGGCGGCGAAGCAAGCACUUACUCCCCCCACGGCUCGAUUGGUGCAGUGGUCGGUGUGCUAGUAAUGGUUGUAAUCCUCGCCGUAGUUGCUGUUGUAAUCGGACGGCUCUGUUCCGGCAAGACUAUCAUGGGCUACGGCCAUUUCGAUAUGGAGAGCUGGGCUGAGACCAAAUGCUCAUCUUGCAUUGAUGGAAGGAUCAGUAUCUCACUUUCCAGACCCAAUGUGUCAACAACAACACCACCAGCUCAACCAUCUGAGCAAUCUGAAGCUCAAACAUCAGCACCUUCUGCAAAUACUUAA